AUGCAAGUGGCAGCUCCAGACUUAUUGGACCCUAAAUCCGCCACUCACAACACCAAGCCCCGCCUCUCCUUCUCCACAAAGCCAAUCACACUGACUCCCCGGGAGGAGAGUGAGGUGGUUGCCACAGUGAUGAAAUGGAAGACGGUGACGGCCAUCUUUCUUUUGGUGGUUCUGUACCUGGUGAUGGGAGCAGCAGUCUUCAGAUCCCUGGAGCAGCCUCACGAGAGUGCCCAGCGUUUGGCCAUUCUUACCCAGAAGCUGGAGUUCCUGUCCACACACACCUGCGUCAACCAGAGCCAGCUGGAGGAGCUGGUUAAACAAGUUGUGUCUGCUAUCCGUUCAGGAGUGAACCCUGCCGGGACACUGACCAACCACAGCAGCCUGUGGGACCUGAGCUCCGCCUUCUUCUUUGCUGGGACUGUCAUCACAACCAUCGGUUUUGGGAACAGCUCUCCCCACACAGAAGGUGGAAGAAUCUUCUGCAUCAUCUAUGCGUUGCUGGGGAUUCCUCUGUUCGGCUUCCUCUUGGCGGGUGUAGGAGAUCAGCUCGGCACCAUAUUCGGCAAGGGCAUCGCCAGAGUGGAGAAAAUGUUUGUGCACUGGGACAUCACUCAGACAAAGAUCCGGGUCAUCUCAACCUUGCUGUUUGUGCUGUUUGGCUGCCUACUGUUUGUGGCGCUCCCAGCAGCCAUCUUUAAACACAUCGAGGGUUGGUCUGCGCUGGAGUCCCUUUACUUCGUGGUCAUCACCCUGACUACCAUAGGAUUUGGAGACUUUGUGGCAGGUGGUUCAGAAAUAGAGUACUUAGAUUACUAUAAACCAGUUGUAUGGUUCUGGAUUCUGGUGGGACUAGCUUACUUUGCUGCCAUCCUCAGCAUGAUAGGAGACUGGCUCAGAGUCAUCUCCAAGAGGACGAAAGAAGAGGUAGGAGAGAUCCGAGCUCAUGCAGCAGAGUGGACCGCUAACGUCUCAGCAGAGUUCAAGGAAACACGACGACGCGUUAGCGUCGAUAUCUACGAUAAGUUCCAGCGCGCAACAUCAAUCAAACGCAAACUGUCCUCGGAAAUGGGAUUCAACCCUGGACCUGAGUUCACUCUGCCCAGGAGGACCAUGUCGUUCAAUCUCAACGAUGAGCGGGACAGGAAUGAGAGGGAUGCCGUGCUGCAGGGCCUGACCACGCCUCUGGCUAGAAACGGCGGUUUGUUCAUGAACGGUUUGGACCCAGAGAGAGGAGACAUCUCAGUCAUUGACCACCUCCAGUAGAAAGAGGACGGUCAACUCCUUUCAAGGACACCCAAGGUCUUUCCGUUAGUCAUCAUUGGUGGCAUAAAGGCUGAGAAUGAAGUGUUUUUAUUCACAAAGCAAGUCAAUAAAGAGAAUAUGGUACUCUGAGACCCCAGAAGCGACAUCGUCACCCCGCUGCGGGAUGUAAGACUUGCUCAAGAACACUUCAGUGGAUAUAAGGAGUCACUUUGCACUGCCUUCAUCCCACCAGUGAAACAAAGAGCAAGAAACAUACACAACAGUUGAUCUUGUUGAAAAUUGAGUUUACUGGGUGUCUGUCGACUAAAUCUCACUCAGAUCUUGGAGUAAAAGUUGCCCAUUGAUGACAAUUUGGCAUCAAUAGUAAAAUAAAUGUAAAUGUCCAACAUACUGUAUACAUAUAAUUACAGUAUUUGAUGGCCUAAUAUGUCCAUGGUGCCUGUCUGUGUUUGCAGCACUCCGAUAAUUUACAUUCUAACAAUUUAGGAUACAUUUUUACUAAACAGCUUUACAACUUAUGAACUUAUUUUUGUUGGUAUUUUCAUAGUAUAGAUGCAGACAGGAAACAUGGGACAGGGAAAAUGGCACUGACAAUCAGGCUGUUAACUAAAUAAAAAAUGACAUGUGAGAGAUGUUCCUUACAUGUUGGGAUGUGAUGACAACAGAAUAGUAAAAGUUAGAGAAGAUGAUGAACUACAAAGAUGGUGGACU